CGGGAGGCGGCCGGGCCGGUGUUCUGGCCGCCCUUUGGAGCCUUGUGUGCUCCCAUCCCGGCCGCCAUUGUUUCUUCCUCCUCACGAGCGUCCUUCCCGGGCAGCGCUGCGGCUCCCCGGAAGGGUCGGUGGCCGGCUUUUGGGGAGCGAUGACAGCGGUGCGGAGAGAGGCGUUCGGGCGGAUGCCCGCGGAGCAGGGAGGAGGAGAGGUGGAGAAGUUCGUUUUACAGUCGGACAGCGUGAAAGUGGAGAUCCUGUCCUUAGGGUGCAUCAUCGCCGCUCUGGAGACUAAAGACAGGGAUGGGAAGUUUUCAGAUGUUGUCCUGGGAUUUGACACUUUGGAAGGUUACACAAGGAAGCACCCCUUCUUCGGUGCUGUCGUGGGGCGUGUUGCCAACAGGAUUGCGAAGGGGAGGUUCACUUUGGACGGGAAGGAGUAUCAGCUGUUCCUCAACAAUGGGCCCAACAGCCUGCAUGGAGGAGCCAAGGGAUUUGACAAGGUUCUCUGGAGCCCCGAGGUACUCCCGGAUGGUGUCCGCUUCUUCCGGCUCAGCCCCGAUGGUGAGGAAGGGUACCCUGGAGACCUGAAAGUCUGGGUGACCUACACCCUCAGUGGCAGGCAGCUGGCCAUCAACUAUCGAGCCCAGACCAGCAAGACGACACCCAUCAGCCUGACAAACCACGCGUACUUCAACCUCGCAGGGCAGGGCUCCCCGGAUGUCUAUGACCACGAGAUCUCCAUUGAAGCAGAUUCCUACCUGCCUGUGGACGACACCAAGAUCCCUACCGGGGAGGUGGCCACUGUACAGGGCACCGGAUUCGAUCUCCGGCAGCCUGUGGAGCUGGGAAAGCACUUGCAGAAGUUUCACCUGGAUGGCUUUGACCACAACUUUUGCCUGCAGCAGGUGCAGUCUCCACGCCUUGUAGCCAGGGCUCGCCACCCACGCACUGGCAGGACCAUGGAGGUUCACACCACCCAGCCUGGCAUCCAGUUUUACACCGGGAACAACCUUGAUGGCUCCCUGAAGGGCAAAGGUGGCAUCACAUACCCCAAGCACUCAGCUUUCUGCCUGGAAACCCAGAACUGGCCCGAUGCCGUCAACAAGCCCCACUUUCCUAACGUCCUACUCCAUCCGGGUGAGGAAUACAACUCCACCACGUGGCUCGUGUUCAACGCUGCUUGAGGAGAAGGGCUGCUGACUCCUGCCAGUGAGAGGGGACUUGCACUUCUUUGCGGGCUUCCUGAUGGUGAGCGGCUGAAAGGAAAAGAAUCCACAAUUAACAUUUCAGCAGUCCUUUGGGAUUCACGAAUACAGGAAAAAGCAACAGGGUGACACCUAGACUCUGGCACCCUUUAAGCACUGUUUUUUAAUAAAAUAACCAAUCAGUAUGGAAAACGGUAAUAGGUUGAUGAUUUAGACAUAAUACUUUUUUUUUCUUUCAAAUUUUUGCAUUUCUUUCCUGUUAUUUUUAUAAUACAAUUUACAAGUGAUUACUGUAAGGCUAUCUAAUUACUAAUAGUGACCUUCAGAGAGGUAGGAUACCUCUUCACUGUUCUGAAACAGCAGCUUGUCAAAACCUAUUGUGAUCAUUCAGCAUUUGUGAGUACCUACUCACACCCUUGUGAUUGUUUGACACUGAAGUUGUAAAAAUGAACGAUUAAAGAGUUCAAAUUAGG